AUGCGAAUAAAUGUGUCGAUCCCACUGGCACUCUCUAGAUUGGCAAUAUACUGGCUGAUUUCCGUAUUCACAGUAUGCCUCAUCCUUCUUCCCUGGUCCAUAAUCGCGUGGAUGCGGUUUUACCAGAUUCUCGUACCAAAUCCAAUAGUUUCGCAUCACCUCACUUUUGACUACGUAUUCAAGAACAGAGGGCCGUUUGCCGUGGCCAAUUCGCACGAUUUCAUCCAGAGCUUGGUCGCCAUAUACGAAAAAUCGCAAUCUCUCCAGGCCGAUCCGUCUUUAAGGCACAAUUCUCUCUCUAACUUUGAGGUUACUCUCAGGUACAAAUACGCUGAUAUGGGUGGCAAAGACCACCAAGACCCGCUGGUAGGCCUUCGAUUUUCGAUCCUCGAUGAUUCCUUACUCAACAAUAAGCUCCGCCCAUGGGAAAUCAGCCCGCAUUUACUUGAUGAGAAGUCGAAGCACACCAAAUUAUGGCCAAUAACAGACAAUCUCCCCGGUAUAACGCGUUUCGAUCAAACUACAAACACGCUCAGGUCGAAGGCAAUUGAGUGGCCUCUGCAUAGAUCAACGGUGAAUGCCUCAGAUGCGAUUCCCGUUGCUGAAAAUACGGAAUUACGCGGAAAAAAGCGGUCUUCCAGCCUGCUAUCUUUCUGGCCAAGCUUUUUGUCAAAACACGUUUCUGCAAACUUGGAAACGGUUAGCAGUAGCAGGCGGGGAAUCUACCACUCGAGAACAGCGUGGCUUCUCAAGGAUAGCACAAUUGAGCUUGUUCCAUCGUGGGUAAUGAAGUAUGUACUGCCUCCAUUUCUGGCGGGACUGCUUCGGUUUGGCAAAUUUCACGAUUCCAAUCUGGCGGAUGUGAGCUUUCCUGCAGAGAAGUUGCCGAUGUUCAGCUCGCAGGCUUUGCAAGGCAUUCUUGAGGAUAGCAAGCACAUCAAGUUGAUUGUAGAGUUUGCCAACCCAUCGAUAUUUAUCACUUCUGCAGAUCUUGACUUUACCGUCAAGUUCAAGGGGUUCAGGCAUUAUCUUUAUCACUACAAGGCGGCUUCAUUUAUUCUUGGUGUGGGUGCGUUUUGGGCUAUCAGCUCGGCCAUUUGCGUUGUUUUGAGCUAUGGCAUGUUUCUCUGGAUUAAAAGCAAGCAAUCGAGUGAAGUGAAACAGUUGGGAAAACGGCCAACUGCAUUAAUCACAUCUGUUUCCACGUCGAUUGAAGAUUCUUUGGAUGGUGGUAAGGAUUCUGGGUGA